AUGUUGACUGGGAUUACACUUCUUCACUUGGCAGACGUAACUAACUGUUCACUUCAUUUUCGUUACCGCGCCGUUUAUCUGAAUGUUGAUGACCAUUUUCAAGAUUUAUUUACUUUGAUAAGAAUGAAAUGGAAGCCAGAGAUUCAGUUGCUUCAUCUGACCUAUGGUCAUAUGGAGCAACAUUCAUCCUCAUUAGAUGACUGCUUGCCUGAUCACAAAAUGCAUUGUUGUCCGGAAGGAAGUGCAAGUGGACACAGGAACUGUAGACAUGCAAACAAUAGGCUUCUGCAAAUAAAAGAUCGACCAAUAUCCGAAGAUUGGCAAUGGGUCAUUCAGCAAAUGUCCCGCCAAAAGGGGCUGGACUCCGAUUCACCUUGCCAUGGUUUAGGUUACUUGAGUACCUUUUCAAUUCAAAUAGAUGAUCUAUCCACAGACCAGUCAUAUCGAGCCCAUCUCUAUGGCACCGGCAAUAUUAGCUUUCAUCCAUCAUUCACGAGAUGUACUGUAAUGACUAAUGCCGUCGUAUGUAGUGUCACUAUCCCAUUCCGUAGCCGCCAUCGUCAUGAAGUAGGACAAGUGAGAUUGAUUUUCACUGGUACCUUUGCAGUAUGUAGUUACCAUGUUGAUCGAUCUCCAUUGUUCGCGUUCACUUCACUCUUGAUAACUGACAUGUCUGUUAAGCGGACGGUGCUGAUGCUGAUCUGCAAAGAGCGAGCAUUACCAAUUGUCAACAGCGCAUGA